GCCGUGGGCGGGCCGGAAGCUCGGGGGGCGCGGCGGCUGCUGUCGCUGUCCCGGUGCCGCUGUCCCGGAGCCGCCGCCAUGCGCAAGUUUUUCCAGGAGAUCAAGGCCGACCUGAAGUUCAAGACCGCGGGGCCCGGGCAGAAGCUCUCGGAUCCGUCCCGCAACCGGUGUCCCCGUGUCCCUGUCACGAGUGGGUGACGCCGCCGUGUCCGCCGCUCCCUCCGCGCAGGGUCCCCAAGGAGAAGCCGAGAGCCGAAGCGGCGCCGAAGCCACGGCAGGGCCCGACGGACGAGGCGCAGAUGGCGGCGGCCGCGGCGCUGGCGCGGAUGGAGCUGAAGCCCAGGGCCAAGGUGGCCGCGUCCCAGGAGGCCAUCAGGAACCAGGUGAGGAAGGAGCUGAUGGCCGAGGCAGCUGCCAGCGAGAAAGGGCUCUCGGAGGAGGAAAAGGUUGUCACCUCCCCAGAUGAGGACGGGGCAGCUGCUCUCUCCGUUUCGGGGGUUUAUUUCAUCUGCCCAUUGACUGGUGCAGUCGUGAGGAAAGACAAGAAGGAAAAGCACCUCAGAGAAGCCAUCGAGUCGUAUUUCUCCAUAGACCCGGUCGCUGCCUCCAUCAUGGAGAUUCACACCUUCAACAAGGACCAGGAGAAAGUCCGCGUGGGCGUGGAGACCGUGGCCAAAUACUUGGAUAACAUCUGUUUCCAUCCGGAGGAGGAGAAGUACCGGAAAAUCAAACUGCAGAACAAAGUGUUUCAGGAAAGGAUAAGCUGCCUGGAGGGGACACAAAGAUUUUUCCAGGCUGUCGGUUUUGAGACAAAAACGCUGCCUGUUCCAGGACAAGAGACCACAGAGGAGUAUUACGUACUGAAGGAAGAGAUGCUGAGCAGGCUGGAAGACCUCAAGGCCUACAAAGAGCAGCUGUUGAGCUCGGGGCCGCUGAGAGCGCAGCUCGAUCGCCAGCUCUGCGUGUUUCAACCGUCCCCCGAAGCCGCUCGGUUCGAGCUGCCCAAUGACUUUUACAACCUCACAGUAGAAGAGAUCAAACGGGAGCAGCGGCUCCGGACAGAAGCAGUGGAGAAAGCUUCGAUGCUGAGGACAAGAGCCAUGCGGGAGAAAGAAGAACAAAGGGAAAUGCGGAAAUACAACUACACGCUGCUGCGAGUCCGCUUUCCCGAUGGAUACAUCCUCCAAGGGACUUUUUACGCACGAGAACCCGUAUCCGCGCUGUACAGCUUUGUGAGAGGAGCGCUCAGAGACGACUGGCUGCCCUUUGAGCUGCUGGGACCUGGGGGUCUCAAACUCACCGAUGACAACUUGGCCUUCAAUGAAUGUGGGCUGGUGCCCUCGGCGCUGCUGACGCUCUCCUGGGACGCUGCGGUCAUGGCCGAUGUUCAGGCGUCACGAGAGGAGCCGCCAGCGAGUCCCCUGAAACCAGAACUUCUCUGCAGCGUCCAGACACUGUCAUGAAAUAAAGGGCAGUGGAUUCAGGGCUGCUGGUUUUCACACUUUCCCCUUAUUUUCCCCCCAUAGAGACUGUUGGAGCUUCCAGCUCUGGGACCUCAGGAAUGACGUUGGUUUGGCUCUGCAGAGCAGGAGUGUCGGUUCUGCCAGGUCACACCAGCCCUGCUGCCACCUCCGCAGCUCCAGCAGCCACACGCUGAACCAGUCUGGCCCAGUAAGAGACGGGACUGGUCUGAAUGGCCCUAAAACCCAGGUUCUGGCAGUGACUGCUCGAGGUGUUUCCAAGACAGGGAUGAAGCACAAAUUUCCUCCCUCAGAGGAGGGAUUAGACACUAGUACUAGGCUGGAUUACCCAUCGACUGAGCCUGGAUAUAGGGCUGGGCUUAGAACUCAGCUUUUCCUUUUGCUUCUGUGUGCACUGUAACUCCUAUUGGAGAGAAUAUAUUUAGAGAAAAUUAUGUCUAGCGUGAUUAAGUGGAAUAUUUAAAGACGCCGUUCUGUUCAAAGUUAUUUGAAUCACAUUGCUCAGAGAGGUUUGGAAUAAGACGGGGCUGGGGCUGGUACUGGUGUUACUGGUACAGCCGUGGUACUUCAUGGCACUUGCAGACAGACCAGGGGACAGACAACAGAUAAUUACGCUGCCUACAGGUGAGAGAUUGAGCUUCAAACUACCACCACAAGUUUAGGAAGCUAAUCCAUCCAAAUAUAAUUAAACCCCCAGCAAGUUUGUUAUAUCCCUGAAGAAAUAUGAUGCAAGUUUGGUCCUUUAUACUUCAAUCUUAAGGUUUUUCUGAGGGUAGAAACCAGCUUUUGUGUAUCAAGCUGCAGCGGGGUACAGGAGACAUCAUCUAUCCCUACCCUGAGGUGUAAUUAACACCAUCCAAUCCCAAAACCAGGAGAAAUAAGUUGUAGGGCUUUUUGUCCUCUUUUCCAAAGGGUAAAGACCUGCUGCUGCUCUCUGGAACAAGUAAGACCACAAACAGGAUGAUACAGAUAGCAUAAAUUCAAAUAUAAUUGUACAUCAUUUAUACCCACGGCCAUGCUAUACAACAUUAUCAACAGAGUCAUUCCCCCAGUGGCAUCACAAUAAGCUUAUUUCAAAAUCCCUCCGCUAGUUUGAGAUAACUUAGAUACCUUCCAUUACAAAGAAGUAUCAAAAUUUCAAUAAUGCUUUAUUAAGGACAGAUUAAUAUGCAGUAUUUUUUUUUUUAAGCUAAAAACUAGAGCUAAAACUUUAAGCUCCCAUGUGGUCUGAAGCAGAACAAAGUGCUGUCUUCUCUUUACAAGAAAUAUGGAAUACUUUCAAGUAUCUCGUUCAAAGAUACACAAGGGUUUAAAACGUUCUAAUUCAUUCUACAUACAUACAGAGAAGUUAGUAGGCGUUUAAGUCUCAAACUGGAUUAGAUGGGCUGAUGGAGCCGGUGUCCUGGUGAGCGGCGCCUCUUGUGCCGCUGGAUCCUGAGGCUGUUUCGGUAGCUGCCAACGUUGAAUCUGCAAAGUAGAAAACGUGUUGGGUUUGGUUUUAUUUGGUGUGUUUUUUGUUGUUUUAUUUGGUUUUUUUAAUCCUCAUGAAUCUUGUCAUAUUUAACUAUCUGCUUUAUCUGUCUCAGGUUGUCCGCCCCAAUCUGUUGCAAGUCUUUUCAAUGCUAUGUUAAAAGAAGAGGUUUUAAUACUGGGUUAACCAUCAAUCCAGAAUAAUAAAAAAGAAUUACUUCAAGCAUAAAAA